UCCUGGGUCACACACAGAUUCUAUCUCCUCCCUUCUGAUGCAGAAGCCAGGGCUUGCGGCUGCUACCCCACCAGCUGGGUCUGUGCCAAAGUGAGAGGUCAUUACAGCCCUGUGCUGUCCAACCCAGGGGAGGACUUUCUCCUUUCUCCCCAGGCUGCAACCAGGCCCCAGGGCAGCCUUAGGAUCUGCUUACAAUUCCUGAGCCAGAGACUCCAGGGGGAAAAUCCUAGGUGUGAAAUGGAGUAAAGCCCCUACAGUCGCCGACAAGUCACAGAAUGAUAUCCGCGCCAUGUGCCCGAUCAUCUCAUCCUGCAGCAGGAAGAAAGGAGAUGGCUCAAAAGGACUUGGCUCAGUAGGAUUUCCAGUUCUCAGACCUGACUAGAUCUCCCAGCUGGAACUUGGGGAAGAGCUGUGGGUCCCAGAUCUCCAGGACUCAAAGGAAUGAGAAAGCCUAAAAGAUAUCCACACAGGGAAUGACAUCCAUCUGGAUUGCCCCCUGUCUCACAUGGGGAUGAGGUGUUGAGCCAGCCCACAAAAACAUGUCUUCAGAAGGGAAGCUCGCAGCCGGGCGAUCCCCACAGAACACUCCUGGGAGUAUUCAGAGGGGACAUGUUUCUAUACUCCGAGGAGGAAGAAGCAUGUGAGAGACUGUCAGGGGCAAAAAGGCAACCAGAAAACUCCUUGGGGAUGCCUGUGGCUAUGGCCACUCACCCAGAGGAGGAUUGGGAACACCUGAAUGAAACCACAGUCCAGCCAAGCACCUGCUCUGAAGACAAACUGCAUAACUGUGCUGAACGCAAGAGUUGCUGCCAGCACUGCUCAGACAUGAUGAGGCACCAGCACAUGAACAUGAGGGAGUGGCCAUACACCUGCCCUGAGGGCUUUGUUCAAAGAUCUAACCUCACCCUGCACCAGCGCAUCCACACAGGAGACAGACCCUAUGCGUGCCCUGCCCGUGGCAAAGGCUUCAGCCAGACCUCGAACCUCCGCAAACACCAAAGUGUGCACAUGGGGGAGAGACCCCACUACCGCCUGGACUGUGGGAAGAAUUUUGCUCACUUCUUGUCCCUUUUUUUGUACCGGAGAGUCCACACUGAGGAGAGGCCCUACAAAUGCCCUGACUGUGGGAAAGGUUUCAAGCAUUGCUCGGACCUUAUUCACCACCAAAGAAUCCACAUGGGGGAGAAGCCCUACAAGUGCGCCGAGUGUGGAAUGGGCUUCACCCAGAGCGUGCACCUCAGUUCACACUGGAGAGUCCAUAUGGGGGAGAGGCCCUACAAAUGCCCUGACUGCAGGAAGGGCUUCAAAGAGUCCUCAGACCUAAUUUCCCACCAGAUAGUCCUCAUAGGGGAGAGGCCUUACAAAUGUCCUGACUGUGGCAUGGGCUUUACACAGAGGUGGAACCUCAUUUCAUACCAGAGAGUCCACACUGAGGAGAGGCCCUACAAAUGCCCUGACUGUGAGAAGGGCUUCAGACAGGUCUCAAACCUGAAUGACCAUCAGAAAAAGCACAUGGGAAAGAAACUCUACAGCCGCCCUGAGUGUGGAAAGAGCUUCAGACGAAGCUUAGACAUGAUUUCCCAUCGGUGAAUCCACGUGGGAGAUAAACUGUACAUGUGCCCUGUGUGUAAGAGGAGCUUCAGCCACAGAUCCUGCCUCAUUCGACACCAGAGAAUCCAUGAGAGGCCUUACAAAUGUCCUGAGUGUGAGAAAAGCUUCAGUAACUGCUCAGCCCUCAUUGUAUAUAGGAAAAAACACACGGGAGAGCGGCCCUACAAGUGCACUGUCUGGACAAAGCUACAGGGCUCCCUAACGUCCCAUUAUAAACUCCACACAGGAUAGACGGCAGCAGGAGCUCUCUCCGUGGAGCAAUGAGUCUGUUCCCUCCUACAACUAAGAAUAGAAGUGACCUUAAAUAGGAGAACUUGGGGUCCAAUGGUUAUGGUUGGGGUGGAGGGAAAAGUGGAUACUGAGUGUGCGGGCUGGGAGCAAUCCGGGCCCGUUUUGUGCACGCGGGCUGUGGCCAGCAGCCCAGGCACACGGGGUCGGAGAAGACCGGGGGCGAGCUAGAAUUAGUCACAGACACGUAGUGGUUGAUUUAAAGAUUGUUUACUUACACCAAAGAUGGUCGUGGUGUAGGCUGCACAGUUUUCCAGGCACAGCUCCGCUUAAACCCUCGUUUGAGGAUUACGACAAGUUCGCUCUCUCCCAUGGAGUUGUUGAAGCUCCGUGGGUCCAUCUCCUACGGAGUUGUCAAAGCUCCGUGGGUCCGUCUCUUCUUGCGCGCAGGGAGGGAUACAUCUAGGAAUCUAUCGGCGACGGGGAGAGGCCAGAGGCUGGUCAGUCCCCUGUUGCCUUUUAAGAAAUGUGUUGGGUCCGUAAGGAUCCACAGUGCUUAGAGAUCUUCACACAGCAUGAAGUCUCCUCCUCCUGGUGUUGGUGGAGUCCUCCCUUGCAGGGGUUCUCCUCAGAGUUCUCCAAUCUGGGCGGAAACCACCCAAGCUCUUUAUACGGCUAGCAAGCCAAUCGCUAGCCGCCACACAUACAUAAUUUAACGUGAACCAAUAAUGUGGCUCGAAUUUCAAUACAAAUGGCGGGAACUCUUUGCACUGAGCACUUCUUAAAUGCAAAAAGAAAUGCACCAUGCAAAGAAAGCUACAAAUUGGCGGGAAGUCUCCGUUGCACCGGGGUUCUCUUCUGCAGCAGAAAACUCCACCGUGCAAAGAAGCUGCAAUUUAGCGGGAAAAUAAUUUAGCAGUGCCGAAGCACACACAAAACACAAAAUCACAACUUUGGGUUGUGACACUGAGUAGAUGACUCAUUGCAGGGUCUGGGGAGAAACUUUCUGUGGCUUCCAAACGUUUUCCAGUUUAGGGUAGAGAUAACAAAUCCUUGCAUUUUUAUCUCUGAGCAGUCCCUGCUCCACACGAGCUUAAUUAAAGAUGACACAUUUGCUGUGUAAAUGCCAUGCCCCCAAAGCCCCUCAAAGUGGGUGGCUGUUAGAUGUUUUUGAAAACAGCAAAGAACCCCAUAGUGCUGGAGUUGUUUGACAGUGCAAGCUGCUGCUAGGACCAAAGCUGCUGCCAUUGCUGGGCCAAGGCCAGAUCCAAAACCUUCAUAGUGUAAGUGGCAGCAGAUGGCAUAAGUGAUAGAGUCGGGAGCAGGCAGCAGGCGUGUAAGUGGCUGGCAGGACAGGCAUUUGAGGGGGAGCAGGUGGCAAGGCAAGUGGGCCCCGGGGAGGCAAUUGGCAGGGAAGGUGUUUUCUGGAGGCCACAGAAACUAUGGGAGAAGUGGCAGAGGUGCGUGUGGGGGGAGAUUAGGGUGGCAGUCAGACCCCUUGGCCCCCAGUCACUAUUUUCCCCAUCCCAGGGGUGCGGGAGAUUAAUUUAAGAUGGCUCUCCAAUAACUAGACUCUAUACUUGGUAAAUUGUAUCAAAUUUAUAAUUUUCCAUGUGUAGAAUCUGAUUAUUGGGUCAUCUUAAAUCUGAAAUUGUUUUGGAUUGGAGUAUAUAUGGUAUUUCGUCAUACCGCAAAACAGGAUCUGAACCAGGGCAGAAGUGCCAGGAACUGUGGUUACACAGCUGUGCACACACCACAGAGGCAAGUAAAGUGACACUGGGUUGUGCCCUAGCUGUUCCCCAGCAACAUUUUCCUCUCCCAUGCUGUUACUACUUCAUAGCAUCAGAGAGAAAUUGGGCUGAAGGUGAAGUCCAAAGGUCAUCUAGUGCAACCUCUAUGAACGACAUGUGUCCCUGGCAGCUGGGGGUGGCAGGAGCAUGGCAGUGAUAAGCAGGACAAUGUUGGUGGUGCCUUUUCAUAGGGGUUGCAAUGCACAUGCAUCCGCAUGCACCCCCUACGCAUCGCCAAUGCCUCUGCCUGAGGCAGGAUCAUUCCUAUCCACCCUAUACAAAUCAGUUGUCUAACCUCUUAGAAAAGCUACACAGUCAGCCCUGGCUCAACACAAGACAUUACACCCUAACCUGCCUCAGGUAAAGCAGGGGGAUCACAGUGCCCAAUGUCUUGCUUCUGUAGAGGUUGUUAAUAUAUGCUCAAGAGAUCCUAGGAAAAGGAUCACAACCCAUGCUACAGAGGAAGGCAAAACCCCGCAGUCCGUACCGAUCUGACUAUGAGUAAAAUUCCUUCCUGACCCCAAAUACGGCGAUCAAUCUGACUCUGAGUAGAGGAGCAAGACCCUCUAGCUAGGAAACUUCAGGUUUAAGACCCAGCAGGAGCAUUGGCACACCCCAGUCAAAACAGCCAGUCUUGGCUGCGAUCAACACCCAAUGCUUCUGAGGAAGGCUUAAAAAACCCCCCUGACAUGUAGCAGCGGGAACAGAGGGGAGGGAAUUCCUAGCUCGAUUUGAAAUUUUAAAAGAAAACAAGGAGCAUGAAACUUUUUGAUUGAUUUAUUUUAUUUAGAGAAUGCAAAUCUGCAAAGCCAAGCAAUAGCCUUUUUUGUUUGGUAACAAGAGAAAGAGAAAGAGAAUGGUAAUCAAGCUUCAGUAAUUACAAAGUGACAAGGAAAUAUAAAGAUUUUUUUUUUCUGUGCAUAUCUUUGACAAUUCGAAAAUGCCCAAAUGUGGAGCAUGUCAUUUACACAGCAAAUGUGUCAUUUUUAAUUAAUCUCAUGUGGGAAACCAUUUGCUUCUCAAAUGUGAUGGAGAAACUCAGGUCUUAAGGCAUGUAAUCCCUCAUAUUGGAAAAAAUGAAGGUGUUUUAUAACAUUUUAUACUGGAGAAGAAAACUUGUGAAUGUUGAUCCUUUUACAGCAAUAUUUCACAUAAAGAGAGAAUAAAUAAUCUCAGGAGAUUUCAAUAUCAAGGCUGGUUAUAGGAAAAAAAUACUGAAAUCUCAGGGCAGCAGCCAGCUUCUAACUGUAAUGAUCCACUGAAUUACCAAAGGAAAUUAGUUGCAGUAAAACACGUUACACACCUACCAUCCUGUGUUUUAACACUCUCAGACACAUUUAGAUGCACUGCACAUGCCUGUUGUAAACCUCCACUUCAACUCUGAACCUCAGUGCUAUUACACAGACCUUAACACUUGACCUAAAGCCAAACUGCCAUACAAUAGAUGACAGAUAUUUUGUAUGGAGACAGUCCACUUCAUUGUUAAUUAGCUGCUGGUUCCCAAAUUCAGGGCAGAGCCACCCAUUGUGUGCACCUACACGUGCAAUUAGGUCAAUGCAAUAAACUAUGGCACAGUU